AUGCAUUGCCUGGCUCUCUCCCUGAACUUUGGUUUCUUGUUUCACAUCCUUGAAACGUCUAUCUUUUCCUACUUCGCUUCCCUUUCAUGGGCUGGCGCGCAGGGCCUUUUCCCGAGGCUGGAGAACGUGGGCGCUUUCAAGACUGUCUCGGUCGUGCCAACCCACGCCACGUGUGGGCUCCCAGACAGAAGCACUUUCUGCCGCAGCUCGGCGGCUGCCGCUGACAGUCUGGAGUUCUGUAGCCAGCAGUUUUGCGUCCAGGACUGCCCACACGGGUCUGCACCCCCGGCCUUCACCGCCCUUCUCUCAGCAGGCCUCGGGAGCUGCGUUGCCAGGGACCAGCAGGAUCUGCGGCCCUACUCGCCGAAAAACGCCACAAGUUUUAUUUUCGGAAAUCCCAAGAAUUGCUUUUCCGCUCCUCCUCCUCCAAGGCUGGCGGCGUCAUUCACGCUAGCUGUGUGGUUGAAACCCGAGCAAGAAGGUGUAAUGUGUAUUAUAGAGAAGACGGUGGAUGGGCAGAUUGUGUUCAAACUCACAAUAUCUGAGAAAGAGACCAUGUUUUAUUACCGCACAGUCCAUGGUUUGCAGCCUCCAAUAAAAGUAACGACACUAGGGAGAAUUCUUGUGAAGAAAUGGAUUCAUCUGAGUGUGCAGGUGCACCAGACAAAAAUCAGUUUCUUCAUCAAUGGGGUGGAGGAGGAUGAUACCGCCUUUGAGGCACGGACUCUACAUGGUUCCGUUGCAGAUUCUGCGUCCGGCGCAACACGGAUAGGACAGAGUUUCAAUGGCUUAGAGCAGUUUGUUGGAAGAAUGCAAGAUUUUCGAUUAUACCAAGUGGCACUUACAAACAGAGAGAUCCUGGCCGUCUUCUCCGGAGACCUGCCCCGACUGCACGUGCAGCCGCACUGCCGGUGUCCCGGCAGCCACCCCCGGGUGCAUCCCCUGCAGCAGCGGUACUGCAUUCCCAAUGGUGUGGAGGACACCACCAGCAACAAGGUGUUACGGCUGAGUCCUGACGCCCACCCCCUUUCUUUUGUGAAUGACAAUGAUGUUGGUACUUCGUGGGUGUCACGUGUGUUUACCAACAUCUCCCAGCUUGAUCAAGGAGUGACCGUGUCUGUAGAUUUGGAAAAUGGACAGUAUCAGGUGUUUUAUAUCAUCAUUCAGUUCUUCAGUCCCCUGCCAACAGCAAUAAGGAUUCAGAGAAAGAAAGAAGACAGCCAAGACUGGGAAGACUGGCAAUACUUCGCGAGAAAUUGCAGUGUUUUUGGAAUGGCAAACAACGAAGAGUUGGAAAAUUCGGAUUCUGUGAACUGUCUUCAGCUUCCCAGUUUUACUCCAUACUCCCGUGGUAACAUCACAUUUAGUGUUCUAGUGCCUGGACCAAAUCCCCGUCCUGGAUACAAUGAUUUCUAUAAUACCCCAUCUCUUCAGGAGUUCGUGAAAGCCACACAAGUAAGGCUUCAUUUCCAUGGACAGCACCAUACAACUCAGCCUCCUGCAAGCCUCAAACACCGAUACUAUGCGGUCAGUGAAAUCACCAUCACUGGGAGAUGUCAGUGCCACGGCCACGCCUCCUACUGCGACACCACCAGCCGGCCCUACCGCUGCCUCUGUUCUCGGGACAGCUUCACCGAGGGCCUUCACUGUGAUCGCUGCCUGCCUCUUUAUAACGACAAGCCUUUCCGCCCUGGAGAUCAAGUUCACACUUUCAACUGCAAACCUUGCCAAUGCCACGGCCACUCCAGAAGCUGCCACUAUGACCGCUCAGCAGACCCAUUCCCGGCUGAGCACCACAGAGGCGGGGGAGGAGUCUGUGAUGACUGUGAGCACAACACGACAGGAAGGAGCUGUGAGCUGUGUAAGGAUCACUUCUUCCGACCGGUUGGGGCAGAUCCCUUCGCCCCGAAUGUGUGCAGGCCCUGUGGCUGCGACAAAGCUGGCACUAGAAACAGCAGCCUCCCAUGUGACCAGAUUGGAGGCCAGUGUGAUUGUAAGAGACGCGUUACUGGCAGACAGUGUGAUGAGUGCCUGAGUGGAUUCUACAACCUGCAAGAGCUGGAUCCUGAUGGCUGCAGCCCCUGUACCUGCAAUGCCUCUGGGACCAUGGAUGGAGAUAUUACCUGUCACCCAAAGUCAGGCCAGUGCAAGUGCAAAGCCAACGUCAUUGGGCUCCGAUGUGACCGUUGCAAUUUUGGAUUUAAAUUCCUCCGGAGUUUUAAUGAUGACGGAUGUGAGCCUUGCCGGUGUCACCCCUACGGCUCCGUGAACCACGUCUGCGAUCCUCUUUCGGGGCAGUGUGCGUGCAAAGGAGAAGCUCGAGGUCCUCAGUGUGGCACCUGCAGAGAACACUUUUAUGGCUUGGACAUCACCGGGUGCAGGGCCUGCCACUGCGACGCCGCCGGGUCCCUCCCUGGGACAGUCUGUGACGCGGGCACGGGGCAGUGCCGCUGUAAACCCCACGUCGGAGGCCGACAGUGUGAUGGCUGUUUGGAGGGGUACUUCCGCCUACAGCAAAAUAAUUCUUUCCUCUGCCUGCCCUGUGACUGUGAUAAGACAGGGACAGUAAAUGGCUCUCUGCUGUGUGACAAAUCCACAGGACAGUGUCCUUGCAAAUUAGGAGUAACAGGUCUUCACUGCGAUCACUGUGAGCCUCACAGGUACAAUGUGACCACUGGCGAUUUCCUGAGCUGCCCAAUGUGUGAGUGCGACUCCCUGGGGACAUUACCUGAGACUGUUUGUGACCCAGGCAGCGGCCAGUGCCAAUGUUUGCCUAAUCGUCAAGGAAGGAGGUGUAAUCAAUGUCAACCAGGUCUGUAUGUCUCCCCAGGCAAUGCCACCGGCUGCCUGCCCUGUGCCUGCCACACAGCUGGCGCAGUCGGCCACAUCUGUGACAGCCGGACGGGCCAGUGCGUUUGCCAAGAUGCUUCCACCACUGGGCCCCGCUGUGACCGCUGCCGGGACCUGUACUUUGGAUUCGAUCCUCAGACUGGAAGAUGUCAGCCUUGCAAUUGUCAUCUCUCAGGAGCUUUGAAUGAGAGCUGUCACUUGGUCACGGGCCAGUGUUUCUGCAAACGAUUUGUCACCGGCUCAAAGUGUGACGCCUGUGUUUCCAGUGCGAGCCACCUGGAUGUCAACAACCCGUGGGGCUGCAGCCAGGCUCCGUCCCAGCAGCCCCCUCCCAGAGGACAAGUUCAAAGUUCUUCUGCUAUCAAUCUCUCCUGGAGCCCACCUGAUUCUCCCAAUGCCCACCGGCUUACUUACAGUUUAUUCAGGGAUGGUUCUGAUAUCUACACAACUGAAGAUGAAUACCCAUACAGUAUCCAGGACUUCUUAGACACUGGCCUGUCACCAUAUACCUCCUAUUCCUAUUCCAUCAAGGCCACCAACGUGCAUGGUUCGACAGGGAGUGCAGCGGUGACCUACAGGACAACAGCAGGCAUCCCAGAGGGAAACCUGAACUUGAGUUAUAUCAUUCCUGUUGGCUCAGACUCUGUGACACUCACCUGGACAGCACCCUCAAAUCGUUCUGGGCCCAUAGAGAAAUAUAUUUUGUCCUGCGCCCCUUUAGAUGACAUCCAGCCAUGUGUUCCCCACGAAGGUCAUGAAAUCUCAGCGACCAUCGGGAACCUGGUCCCAUUCACAAAGUACCGCUUUUCUGUGCAGGCGUGUAAUCACGGGGGCUGUUUACACAGUUCGCCUGUGUCGGUGACCACAGCCCAGGCGCCGCCCCGGAGGCUGGGCCCACCCAGGGUGCAGAAGAUCAGUUCCACAGAACUUCGUGUGGACUGGGCCCCACCAGCGGAACCAAAUGGAGUAAUUAUAAGAUAUGAACUCUACAUGAAAAAAUUGAAAUCUAGUGGAGAAACUAUGUCGGCUGAGAGUCAGGUUUUUGAGAGCAGUGGCUGGCUCAGUCCUCGCCUGUUUGCAGAAUCAGCCAGUGAACACACGUUCAAAGCUCCUCAGGUGUCCACAACCAUCGCCGGCCUGGAGCCGUAUACCCAGUACGAGUUUAGAGUCUCGGCCGUGAACAUGGCUGGCAGUGUGUCCUCGGCAUGGACCUCAGAAAGAACAGGAGAAGCAGAGCCUGUGUUCAUGACCCCUCCGUCAGUGUUCCCCCUCUCACCGUCCUCUCUCAAAGUGUCCUGGGAGAAGCCAGCAGAUGACGUUAUUCGAGGACAGGUUGCGAGGUACGACAUCAGUAUGAUUUCUGAACAGUCACCUCAACGGUCUACUCCGGAGUCGUUCUCACAGGUGUUGGCCACAGCCAAACCCCAGCAAAUGUCCUAUGUUGUAAGUGGCCUGAAACCUUACAGAAUCUACAACUUCACUGUUUCUCUCUGCAAUUCCAUUGGUUGUGUAGCCAGCGCUUCGGGAGCCGGACGGACAUUAGCAGCAGCACCAGCUGGGCUGCGGCCUCCUCUGCUGGAAGCGGUCAGCAGCACCACCAUCAGCGCCCGAUGGCUGCCACCUGAAGAACUGAACGGCCCUUCUCCGGUCUAUCAGCUGGAAAGGAGAGAGCCCUCUCUCCCAGCCCCGGGGGCAAGGAUGGUGAAGGGGCUGCGCUUCACGGGACACGGGUACUGCAGGUUUCCCAGCUCCACCCACCCCAUCAAUACGGACUUUACAGGGAUCAAGGCCAGCUUCCGCACGAGGGUGCCUGAAGGUCUGAUCGUCUUUGCCGCAUCCCCGGGCGGCCAGGAGGAGUAUUUCGCACUACAGUUGAAACACGGGCGGCCUUAUUUUCUUUUUGAUCCUCAGGGCUCAUCAGUGGAGGUGACCACGACCAAUGACGAUGGCAAACAAUACAGUGAUGGCCAAUGGCAUGACGUAAUCGCUAUUCGGCAUCAGGCUUUCGGCCAAAUCACACUCGAUGGGCAAUAUACCGGCUCCUCUGGGCGCUGGAACGGCAGCACCGUUAUCGGAGAGAACACAGGCGUGUUUGUGGGGGGCCUGCCACAGGGCUUUGCCAUCCGGAGGAGGCAUCCCGACAUAAUUCGAAAGGGCUUUGUGGGCUGCCUCAAGGACGUGUACUUUAUGAAGAAUUACAACCCCUCUGCUGUGUGGGAACCGCUGGUUUGGCAGAAUUCUGAAGAGCAACUCAACGUGCAGAGCACCUGGGAAGGGUGCCCCUCUUCAUUGCAGGAGGGGGCUCAGUUCCUAGGGACAGGAUUCCUGGAACUCUAUCCAUACACGUUUCAUGGUGGACUGGACUUUGAGAUUUCCUUUACCUUCAGAACAGACCAGUUGAAUGGAUUGCUUCUCUUCAUUUACAACAAAGAUGGACCCGAUUUUCUUGCUGUGGAACUGAAGAGCGGACUCCUGAGCCUGCGGUUGAACACCAGUCUUACCUUCACCCGCCUGGACCUGUGGCUGGGGCUGUCCUACUGUGAUGGAAAGUGGAAUAAAGUAGUUCUCAAGAAGGCGGGCCCCGUUGUCUCUGCCAGUAUGAACGAACUGACAGAGCGCGUGUCCGAGUCCAGAGCCCAGCCCCUGACCGUGAACUCCCCCGUCUAUGUUGGGGGAGCCCCAUCAUGGCUGCAGGACUCUUACAAACACCUGACUUUGGAACCAGGUUUCGGUGGCUGCAUGAGGGACGUUGCCUUCGCACGGGGUGCUAUUGUUCACUUGGCGUCUGUGUCCAGCAGUGCUGUCAGAGUCAAUCUGGACGGGUGCCUAUCAAGUGACAGCGCAGUUAACUGCAGGGGAAAUGACUCCAUCCUCGUGUACCGGGGACCAGAGCAGAGCGUUCGCGAGCAUGGUCUCCAGCCUUUCACAGAACACCUGUAUCGAGUGAUAGCCUCACACGAGGGUGGUUCUGUCUAUAGCGAUUGGAGUCGGGGACGAACCACAGGAACAGCUCCACAAAGCGUGCGGCCUCCCUCCAGAGUCCACAGCGUAAAUGGACGCAGCGUGGAAGUGACCUGGGAUGAACCCGCUGUGGUGAGAGGUGUAAUUGAGAGGUACCUCCUGAGAGCCUACCAGGAGGGCGGCAGCCCCCACCCACCCCGCCUGCCCGCUGCCACUUUGGAGCUGGUCAAUACCAGCACCCGCACAGGCGUGUUGACAGGCUUGCUACCCUUCACAAACUACGCAGUAACCCUAACCGCCUGCACUCUGGCCGGCUGUACUGAGAGCUCACUGGCACUGAACAUCUCUACUCCGCAAGAAGCCCCACAAGAGCUGCAGCCGCCAGUAGCCAAGUCCCUUCCCAAUUCUUUGUUGGUCUCCUGGAAUCCACCCAAAAGGGCAAAUGGUAUUAUAACGCAGUACUCCUUGUAUAUGGACGGAAUGCUGAUCUAUUCAGGCAGCGGAGAGAACUACACAGUCACAGAUUUAGCAGUAUUUACGCCGCACCAGUUCCUACUGAGCGCGUGCACAUGUGUGGGAUGUACAAACAGCUCUCUGGUCACACUGCACACAGCACAGCUGCCACCAGAGCACGUGGGUCCCCCAACUCUGACGGUCCUGGAUCCUAGAACUGUGCACGUACAGUGGAAACAACCAAGAAAAGUAAAUGGAAUUCUGGAACGCUAUGUAUUAUAUAUUUCAAAUUAUGUGCAUGAUUUUACGAUUUGGGAUGUCAUCUAUAACAGCACAGAGCUUUUCGAGGAUCACAGACUACAACACCUUUUGCCUGGCACUAAAUAUCUCAUCAAGUUGGGGGCUUGCACGGGGGGCGGGUGCACGCUGAGCGGGGCCAGCGAGGCCCAGACUGCGGAGAGCGCGCCCGAGGGCGUGGCCGCCCCCAGCGCACACUCCUAUUCACCGGACUCCUUCAACGUCUCCUGGACUGAGCCCCAGUAUCCGAAUGGCGUUAUCACUAGUUAUGGGCUAUAUCUGGAUGGCGUAUUAAUUCACAAUUCCUCAGAACUCAGCUGCCACGUCCAUGGGUUCACUCCUUGGAGCUUACAUUCCUUCCAAGUGCAAGCAUGCACGGCCAAAGGCUGCGCGCUGGGCCCACUGGUAGAAAAUCGAACACAAGAAGCUCCUCCGGAAGGAACAGUAAAGGUGUUUGUGCAAUCAGAGGGAUCCCGGAAAGCCCACGUGAGGUGGGCAGCCCCUUUGCACCCGAAUGGACGCUUGACGUACUCAGUCCUUUUCACUGGGAUGUUCUACGCAGAGCAAGUUGGGAAUAACUGGACUCUCCUGAACGGCACAAAGGUGGUGCACAGUGGUGAAGAGGCUGACCUCUGGGUGCCUGUCGACGGGCUGAUCCCUUUUAGCAACUACACCGUACAAGUGAAUGCUUCCGGCACCCAGGGCAGCUUGCGGAGUGAUCCUGCCACGCUCAUCAUGCCGCCAGGGGCUCCAGAUGGCGUGCUGCCUCCCAGGCUUUCAGCUGCCGCGCCGACCAGUCUUCAGGUUGUCUGGUCCACACCAGCUCGUAACAACGCUCCAGGGUCUCCCCAAUUCCAGCUCCAGAUGAGGCCUGGCCACUCCCCCCACGGAUUUCUAGAGUUAUUUUCCAGUCCCUCGACCUCGUUAAGCCAUGAAGUGAGAGAUCUCCAGCCCUACACCGAGUAUGAGUUUCGGCUGGCUGCCUCCAAUGGAUUUGGCAGCACACACAGUGCUUGGAUUCCGUUCAUGACGACAGAGGACAGACCUGGACCUAUCGACCCUCCAAUUCUUCUGGAUGUGAGAUCGAGAACGAUAUCAGUCACCUGGCAGCAUCCUUUAAAGCGCAACGGCAUUCUUACCCAUUAUCACAUCUACCAACAUGGCCGUCUCCUUUUGACAACUUCUGGGAAUAUCACCAAUUGCACGGUGAUCCAUUUGCGCCCAUUCACCGCCUAUGCGUUUCAGGUGGAAGCCUGUACUUCGAAAGGGUGUUCCCUCUCACCAGAGUCCCAGACCAUGUGGACACUCCCAGCUGCACCCGAAGGCAUCCCAAGCCCAGAACUGUUCUCUGAUACCCCAACAUCCGUGAUCAUAUCUUGGCAACCUCCCAGCCACCCCAAUGGCUUGGUGGAGAACGUCACAAUCGAGAGAAGACUCCAGGGCAAGGAGGAAGUUACUACCCUUGUGACUCUCCCGAGAAAUCAUUCCACGCGGUACAUUGACAAGACAGCUGCCCUCAGCCCAUGGACAAAAUAUGAGUACCGGGUGCUGAUGAGCACUCAUAAUGGGGGUACGAACAGCAGCGCGUGGACCAGAGUAACCACAAGACCCUCACGCCCUGCUGGGGUGCAGCCGCCCACGGUGCAUGUGCUGGGACCUGAUGCAGCCGAGGUCACCUGGCAGCCCCCGCUCAUCCAGAAUGGAGACGUGCUCAGCUACGAGAUCCGUAUGCCUGACCCUUCCAUCCCAAUCACCAAUGUCACUCCUUUGGCCUUAAGUCACAUGAUCACUCACCUGAUUCCUUUCACGAAUUACUCUGUCACCAUCGUGGCUUGCACUGGGGGUGGUGGGUAUCUGGGAGGGUGCACAGAGAGUUUGCCCACCCAUGUCACCACCCACCCCAGCCUGCCUGAGGGCGUCCGCCCGUUGUCUGCGGUCCCACUAAGUGAAUCGUAUGUCGGGAUUUCCUGGCAGCCACCCUCCAGGCCAAAUGGACCCAAUUUAAGAUAUGAGCUUCUGAGACGUAAAAUCCGGCAGCCACUUGCAUCAAAUCCCCCAGAAGAUUUAAAUCGGUGGCACAAUAUUUAUUCAGGAACUCAGUGGUUUUAUGAAGAUAAGGGUCUUAGCAGGUUCACAACAUACGCAUAUAAAGUGUUUGUCCACAACAGUGUGGGUUUCACACCCAGCCACGAAGUGACAGUGACAACAUUAGCAGGUGUCCCACAGAGAGGAGCCAAUAUCUCCGUGAUUGUCCUGAACCACACGGCUGUAGACGUGCAAUGGGAUAAACCAACUUUGCAAGACCUACAAGGUGAUGUUGAACAUUACACGCUUUUUUGGAGUUCUGCUACCUCAAACGAAUCUCUCAAACUCCUCCCAGAUGUAAAUUCUCAUGUCAUUGGCCACUUACACCCAAACACGGAGUAUCGAAUUUUUAUCUCUGCCUUCAAUGGAGUCCACAGCGUCAACAGUGAUGUGCUGCACGCAACUACUUGUGAUGGGGAGCCUCAGGGCGUGCUUCCUCCAGAGGUUGUCACCAUCAACAGUACAGCUGCACGUGUCACCUGGAUGUCUCCUUCACACCCAAAUGGUGUUGUCACUGAUUAUUCUGUGUAUGUAAAUAGUAAGCUCUACAAGGCUGGAAUGAAUGAGCCUGGGUCUUUCAUUCUCCAAGACCUGUCUCCCUUCACUGUCUAUGACAUUCAGGUUGAAGUCUGCACAAAAUAUGCUUGUGUGAAAAGCAGUGGAACCCAAAUCACCACCGUGGAAGAUACUCCAAGUGAUAUACCAAUACCCACGAUUCAUAGAAUCACUUCGAGAUCCCUUCAAAUUGAUUGGAUGACUCCAGGGAAACCAAAUGGCAUCAUUCUCGGAUAUGAUGUCUUGCGGAAAACGUGGUACCCAUGCCCUACAACCCAGAAGAAGUCCCCUGGUGAGCUCUGCCAGGCCACCAUGUGUCAGAACCAUGAAACUGUCUGUGGACACAGGUGCUAUUCUCCUGAAACUAAGGUUUGCUGUGCCGGCGUUCUCCAUGACGCCCGGCCGGAACACCGGUGUUGCGAUGAGAAGUAUGUCCCUUUUGUCUUGAAUUCGACUGGAGUUUGUUGCGGAGGCCGAAUACAAGAGGCACGCCCGGACCAUCACUGCUGCUCUGGGUAUUACAUUAGAAUUCUCCCAGGGGAAGUGUGCUGUCCAGAUGAACAGCACCACCGGGCGGCUGCUGGCCUCGGGGACGCCUGCUGUGGUGGAGCGCCCUACUCCACGUCGGGAAGGCAGAUCUGCUGCGCGGGGAGGCUUCGAGAUGGCCAUGGCCAGCAGUGCUGCGGGGGACAGGUCGUCCCCAAAGAGCUCGAGUGCUGCGGGGGAGCCGAGAAGGGCCUGGUGUACAGCCGCCUGCCAGGGAUGUUCUGCUGUGGGCAGGAUUAUGUGAAUAUGUCAGAUACCAUAUGCUGCUCAGCUUCCAGUGGAGAAGCUAAAGCACACGUUAAAAAGAACCGCCCGGUGCCAGUGAAGUGCUGUGACACCCAGCUUAUUCCAGAGAGCCAGGAGUGCUGCCAUGGAGUUGGCGACGACCCCCUGAAAUAUGUUUGCUCUGACGAGAUUUCCGCCGGAACGAGGAUGCAGGACCCCAAAGCAUGCGGGAUUGUCUGCCCGGCCUCUGUGGAGGCCACCGCGCAUUGCGGCAGGUGUGACCUCAACUCCACCAGCCACCUGUGUGCUCUGAUCAGAGCAUCUCAGGAUCCCACAGAGCAGGCGUCAGGGGAAGGAAUGUGCGCCUCUGUGGAAGAGACUGUUCACGCAGGACGCGCAAACACAUUCUCCUUCACAGACAUGGACCUGGAGCCCUACACCAUGUAUGAGUACAGAAUCUGUGCUUGGAAUGGCCAUGGGCGAGGCUUCAGCCAAGUCGUCGGGGCCAACACGGAAGAAGAUGUGCCUCAAGGAGUGAGUCCCCCUCGGUGGACCAACACGGAGGGUGGAAUCGUCUUAAACUGGAAGAAACCUAUACAACCAAAUGGUCAGAUCCUUCACUACAUUCUUCUCCGAGAUGGAGUGGAACUUUUUCGGGGAACAUCACUGAGCUUCUCUGAUAUGAAGGGAAUUCAGCCUUUUCAGGAAUAUUCCUACCAGCUGAGCGCUUGCACAGUCUCUGGCUGUGCCACCAGCAGAGAGGUAGCCGCGGCUACUACCCAAGGAGUGCCGCAGAGCAUCCCGUCCCCCAGGAUCAGCACGCCCCGCACAGACGCUCUGCACCUGAGCUGGGGUGUGCCGGAGAAACCUAAUGGCGUCAUUAAAGAGUACCGGCUCCAGCAGGUUGGGAAAGGUCUCAUCUACUCUGGCACCGCUGACAGGAGGCAGCAUACGGUCACAGGUCUCCAGCCAUACACCAACUACAGCUUCACUCUUACAGCUUGUACAUCUGCUGGAUGCGCUUCAAGUGAGCCUUUUCUAGGUCAGACUCUGCAGGCAGCACCUCAAGGAGUUUGGGCGACACCACGGCACAUUAUCAUCAAUUCUACGACCGUGGAAUUAUACUGGAGUCCGCCGGAAAAGCCCAACGGCCUCAUUUCUCAGUAUCAGUUGAGUCGCAAUGGAACCUCGGUUUUCCUGGGUGGCAGUGAGCAACAGCGUUUCACUGAUAAAAACCUGGAGUCCAACAGCAGAUACAUUUACAAGUUGAAAGCCACAACUGGAGGUGGCAGUAGUUUUAGUGGCGAGUACCUUGUACAGACACCUCUGUUGACACCAGAAGAAAUCCAGCCUCCAUAUAACAUCACAGUAAUUGGGCCCGACUCCAUGUUUGUGGCUUGGAGUCCACCAGGGAUCCUUAUCCCCCAAAUGCCUGUGGAGUUCAAUGUCUUACUGAACACUGGAAGCGAGGCACCUCUCUCCUUCCCUGCCGGUCACCGUCGGUCUGCCUUGCUGGAAAACUUGAUUCCAUUCACACAGUAUGAGAUCAGGAUACAAGCAUGUCAAAAUGGGAGCUGUGGAGUUAGCAGUAGGACAUUUGUCAGAACACCAGAAGCAGCCCCAAGGGACCUUAGUCCCCCUGUGCUUAAGGCCCUGGGGUCAGCUUGCAUAGAGGUGACAUGGAAGCCACCCAGACAUCCCAAUGGAGUCAUUAUCAACUACUUCAUUCACAGACGUCCUGCUGGUGUUGAAGAGGCCACCCAGGUGUUCGUCUGGUCAGAAGGAGCCCUUGAAUUUACUGAUGCUGGCGAUACCCUGAGGCCUUUCACACUCUACGAGUAUCAGGUCAGAGCCCGGAACUUCAGGGGCUCAGUGGAGAGCCUGUGGUCCUCGGCACGCACGCUGGAGGCCCCACCCCAAGACCUGCCAGCGCCCUGGGCUCGAGCCACAGGUGCUCACUCGGUUCUGCUGAAUUGGACGAAGCCAGGCUCUCCCAACGGCGUUAUCUCCCAGUACCACGUGGUCUACCAGGAGAGACCAGACGACCCAACACUGAACAGCUCCACCGUGCAUGCUUUCACAGUAUCGGGAACAAGCCAUCAGGCCCACCUGUUUGGGUUAGAACCCUUCACAAGGUAUCACAUUGGCGUUGUGGCCGCCAACCAGGCAGGAGAAGCUUCAAGCCCCUGGACUCCAGUUCAAACCCUGGAAUCUUCCCCGAGUGGACUGAGCAACUUUACCAUCCAACAGAGAGAGGAUGGCCGUGCCUUGUUACUGCAGUGGUCGGAGCCUGUGCGGACCAACGGUGUGAUUAAGACGUACCACAUCUUCAGUGACGGGAUCCUGGAGUACACGGGCUUGAAUCGCCAGUUCCUCUUCCGGCGCCUGACCCCUUCCACGGCCUACACGCUGACGCUGGAGGCCUGCACCCAGGCGGGCUGCGCGCUCUCAGCGCCCCAGUCUGUGCGCACAGACGAGGCCCCGCCCCACGCUCAGCCGCCUCCCCGCGUCCAGGCUGUGGGCUCCACCAGCGUUGAGCUGACCUGGUCUGAGCCCAUUCACCCAAAUGGAAAGAUAAUUCGCUAUGAAGUGAUUCGCAGAUGCUUCGAGGAAAGAGCUUGGGGGAAUCAGACCAUCCAGGCCGAUGAGGACAUUGUUUUCACGGAAUAUAGGACUGAAAGGAAUGCUUUUGUGUACAACGACACCGGUUUGCAGCCGUGGAUGCCAUGCGAAUAUAAAGUCCACACGUGGAAUGCAGCAGGCCAUACCUGUAGCUCGUGGACGGCAGUAACGACCAUGCCGGCGCCUCCCGAAGGUCUCUCUCCACCCGAGAUCACUUAUGUAUCCAUGAGCCCCCCCAGACUGCUGAUUUCCUGGGUCCCUCCAGAGCAACAUAACGGCGUCAUCCAAUCCUAUCGGCUUCAGAAGAACGGGGCACUGUAUCCCUUCAGCUUCGACGCUGUGACUUUUAAUUACACCGAUGAAGAGUUGCUCCCUUUCUCCACGUACAGGUACACGGUCACAGCCUGCACGAGCGGAGGCUGCCGCACCAGUGCGCCCACCAGCACCGUGACUCCGGAGGCCGCUCCAGCAGGGGUUGGCCCUCCAUCCCUGCAGGCCAUCAGUGCCACUCAGAUCAAAGCAUCUUGGUCAGCGCCAUCAAUCCAAAAUGGAAAGAUCACCAAAUACCUACUCAGGUGUGAUGGUCAGGAGUACCUUGCUGGGCAGAGCCUGUCCCUGCUGAUCGCUCACCUGCAGCCUCACACUCAGUAUAAUGUCUCCCUGGUAGCCUGUACAAGCGGAGGUUGUGCGGCUAGUGUGUCAGGAUCUGCCUGGACCAUGGAGGCCCCGCCACAGGACAUGGACCCCCCAAAAUUGCAAGUCACGGGCUCUGAGUCCAUUGAAAUCACCUGGAAGCCUCCAAGAACCCCAAAUGGCCACAUCCAAAGUUAUGAACUUAGGAGGGAUGGAACCAUCGUCUACACUGGCCUGGAAACUCGAUACCACGAUUUCACUCUCACCCCAGGCGUGGAGUAUGGCUACACAGUCACUGCCAACAACAGCCAGGGGGGUGUUCUGAGUCCACUCGUCAAAGAUCGAACCAGCCCCUCAGCACCUUCAGGGAUGGAACCUCCCAAAUUACAGGCCCAUGGUCCUCAGGAGAUCUUAGUGAACUGGGACCCCCCAGUGAGGACCAAUGGCCACAUCGUCAAAUAUACCCUCUUCGUCCGUGAGCUGCUUGAAAGAGAAACAAAAAUCAUACACAUAAAUACAACUCAUGACUCGUUUGGUACACGGGCAUUCGUGGUCAACCAGCUGGAGCCGUUUUGCAGGUAUGAAGUGCGGGUGCAGGCCUGCACCGUGCUGGGAUGUGCGUCGAGUGACUGGACACGCACCCGGACCCCCGAGACAGCUCCUGCCAUGCAGCCUGCCCCACACCUGGAGGUGCGGUCGGCUCCAGGGGGGCUCCAGCCCACGGUUUCCCUUUUGUGGGCAGGACCACUUCAGCCAAAUGGACGCAUUUUGUACUACGAGUUGUACCGAAGACAAAGCGCAACCCAGCCAGGACAGCCAAGCCCAGUUCUAACCUAUAACGGAAGCACAAGCUCGUUCGUGGAUUCCGAACUCCUGCCUUUCACGGAGUACGAGUACCAGGUCUGGGCGGUGAAUUCAGCAGGGAAAGCCCCCAGUAGCUGGACGUGGUGUAGGACUGGACCCGCACCCCCGGAAGGUCUCAGGGCCCCCAGGUUCCAUGCAGUGUCUGCCACGCAAGCGGUGGUCAACAUCAGCGCCCCUGGGAAGCCCAACGGGGUCAUCAGCCUCUACAGGUUGUUCUCCAACAGCACCGGCGCGGCGGAGGUGGUGCUAUCGGAAGGCCUGGCCACCCAGCAGACCCUCCAUGGCCUGCGGCCCUUCACCACCUACUCCAUCGGCGUGGAGGCCUGCACCUGCGUCAGCUGCUGCAGCAGAGGUCCCACAGCGGAGCUGAGAACACAGCCUGCUCCACCCUUGGGCCUGUCCUCACCCCAAGUCCAGUCGCUGGCCUCCAGGACUGCCUCCUGCCGGUGGGGUCCCCCGCUGUUCCCUAAUGGUGUCAUCCUAAGCUAUGAGCUCCAGUUGCACGGGGCCUGCUCUCCCGACGCGGACGCCCCCUGCACCUCCAGCCAGCCGCAGACAAAGUACAGGGGGCCGGGGCCCACCGCCAGCCUGGGCGGCCUGCAGCCUUACACCGCCUACAGGCUGAGAGUCGUGGCCCACAACGAGGCCGGCAGCGCAGCUUCCGAGUGGAUCAGCUUCACCACUCAGCGAGAAUCCCCUCAGUACCGAGCCCCCUUCACAGUGGACAGCAACCUGACAACGGUGUGUGUCGACUGGAGCAGCUCCUUCCUCCUGCACGGCCCGCUGAAGGAGUUCGUGCUGACCGACGGGAGCCAGCGCCUGUACCGGGGCCUGGACACCGCCCUUCACCUCCCAAGGACAGUGGACAGAACCUUCUUCUUCCAGGUCACAUGCACCACGGAGGAAGGGAGCGUGAAGACGCCGCUCAUCCGGUACGACACCGCUACUGGACUGGGCCUGGUACUGACCACGCCGGGAGGGAAGACGGGGCCCGGGAGCAGCGGCGUGGAGUUCUACAGCGAGCUGUGGUUCAUCGUGCUCAUGGCGGUCCUCGGCCUGAUCCUGCUGGCCAUCUUUCUGUCCCUGAUCCUGCAGCGAAGGGUCCACAAGGAGCCCUAUAUCAGAGAGAGACCUCCCUUAGUGCCUGUUCAGAAGAGGAUGUCCCCACUGAGUGUCUACCCACCGAGGGAGACCCACAUGGGGAUGGCAGAUACCAAGAUCCCAGGGGCUGGGGCGCGCGUGAGCGUCAGGAGCAACCGGAGCAUCUCUGUCCUUCGCAUCCCAAGUCAGAGCCAACUCAGCCGCGCCUACUCCCACAGCUCUCUGCACCGCAGCGUCAGCCAGCUCAUGGACAUUCAGGACAAGAAAGUCUUGGCUGACGACUCGCUGUGGGAAACCAUCAUGGGCCACGACAGCGGACUGUUUGUGGACGAAGAGGACCUGAUGAACGCCAUCAAGGGCUUCAGCUCGGUGACGAAGGAGCACACCACAUUCACCGACACCCACCUGUAGCGCACUGAAACCUUCAAAACCUACUGGGCCAUCCAGUUACUGGACAACCUUCUC